AGGCCUGCUCAUCUUCCAACUGAGUCUCUCUUUUGAAUCCGGCCGGAGCACUUGGCCCAGUAAUAAUGCCCUCAAUUCUGCGAGAUCUAGUGGAGCGCGCCGGCCCCUGAGCUAAUCCCUUACAACCCAGCCGCCGAGCAACAAAUUAUUCUGGCAUUUAUAACAACAAAGAGCACUUUCAAUUCCAUUGUUGACGCGACUCAUCAUGUCUUUGAACGGUCUCGACGCUCAGAGAGUGGAGGAAGCAUACAAUGCGGCUCUGGCCGAGCCAGGUGCAUGGUUUCUCCUUAAAUAUGUUUCGAGAGAUGAAGUCGACAUUUUACAGACUGGCGCAGGCGGUGCGGCCGAAGCCCGCCAAGCUGUCGCCAAUUAUGUGGAGGUAUCACCUCUGUACGGCUUCAUGCAUUACAGACGGAGGAAGGUGAUCAUCAAAUACCUACCGGACGGUAUUUCUCGACUACUACAGGCCCGUGUCUCCGUACAUUUCCAAUCUGUCACAGACAAAUUCGCCCCACAUGAUACAGUAUUUACUUUCUCGAACCCAGACCAACUGAAAGAUUCGACAUUAUCAGCUGCUUGCUCACUGCACACGGCAUCCGGCUCCACUGCUUCUUCCAAUACGUCUUCAACGCUACCAAAACUCGUUGAUAUUAACGAAGGCGCUGAAGAUGGACAAACUCCUGACGCGGAAUCAAACAAUCACAUAAUCAACACUAACCGAAGAGAAGUCGAACCUAGCGCGGGACCAGGACGCUCUGGUGUAGCCGAGGACUUAUCGGCGGCUCGAGAUCCUGUCGAUUCAAUCGCGGAGGAGCCACUUACAAGUGGUUCUGUGAAUUCUGCUGCCUCUCCGCCUGGAUCAGCCAGUGGCCACUCCAAACGAGCAGUGAGUUAUGAUACAUAUGGUUUUUCUUCUUACAACGUUAAACCAAAGGUCAAGUUGGGGCCACGGCCAUCAAUCGACAACGGCAGACGACCGCAUGCCAACUAUUUGCCAUUAGGCGAAAAUAGCUCUCAGCCUGUAGCUACUCUACCAGCUGGAUUACGGGCUGCGAACCGGAGCAUCGUCCCAGCCCGGCCUCCAUCGCAAAGCUCACAAAUGUCAUCAAUGUCAGCAUUUACGACCUCAUCAAACUAUACUAAUGCUCAACGCAUGCAAGCCGUGACGAGUCGACCAUCAAGCUCAGGCACCGUAUCCUCCAUGACAUCCGCCAGGCCGAUGUCUUCUAAAUCAGCGAAAGGAUCAUCUUUAACGUACGAGAAGCAGCGGCUGCAGAGAGCCUUGGAACUGCGAAGAAAUCAAUUAAAAUCUCAGGCGGAUUCUGUGCCUACAUCACCCACGACAGAUGGGCCACAAUCCCUUCAAUCCCUUGAAGACAGUCAGGUGACGCAGCAACCGCCUUCAUUGAACGCCCGAGAAAGUAUGGUGCCUGAAGACGGUUCUGUCGACCACAGCCAGCAUAAGAAUCGCUCCGAUGGACAAGAGCCCUUAUUAUCAGCUUCUAGUGUUGCAUCCGAUUUGGCCUUGGAGCAGUUGGUGCCCUCGUCAAGCGGGCCGAGCCAAGACGGUGCGAAUGAAGUACCGCUUGGGCGCGCGCCAAGCUCCGCCGAGGAGGGAGACCCGAUCGAAAGGGCAGAUCAGUUUAUUCCUACUUCCAAUUCGUCCACAGUGAAUUCUGCUCAAGAUGAGAUACAAGAAGAAGUCGAUGAGCCUGCAAAGUCGGAUAAUAGCCUCCAAACUCAUUUGAGCGAGACGGAGACUAUUGAACCAGCUUCCAACGCUGGCAAUGAUGAGCUUGAUCAAACCGAUCAGCAGACUGCAGUUGCGAGCAGCCCUCGCCUUCAAACGAGUGAGCUUCGGUCGUGCUCACAGUCUUUGGCGUCGUUGACCUCCCUUGAGCCACCCGCGGAUUCUUUUUCAAGUCCCGCAAAAAGCGAGCAGGAUCAGGGUGAGAAAUACAUAAGUCCUCAGCCAAGGGGGCCGGCAUUUGACUCUGUGCGGAUUGAAUUAGCCGCAGAAAAUUCAGAGGAUAACUAUCUCUCGGAUGAUUCAUUCAUGGAAGAAUUACAAAGGGCAAAAGUUGAAGAAGCUCGACCGAUAUCUGUUGCGAAGUCUCCAAUCGAACCGCUUUUCCCUGUUGGUCUCAGUGAUCCAUAUUCAAGGGAAUAUUCGCCAGUUUCUCGAGCUGUUUCGAAUCCAUACACUGGUAGGGAUUCGACCAGUACGGGACGUCUUACCCCCGGCACCUUUUUCCCAGAGCCGCAUCGCUCUCUGUCGGCCUCCUAUGCAGAAAAUAAUAGUGCCCAGGCUACCGGAGUUCCUGUAGCGAAAAGGAUAAAUGUCUCUUCGGGAAUCUCUAAACGAAUCAAGGCUCUGGAAAUGCUUUCAAACCGCGAGUCAAGCAAUUCACCAUCAUCGAUCUCGCGAGCUUCCACCCCAGAUUCCGCUUCUUCAUUAUCUACUCUAAGAAAACCUUCUGUUCGGCAGGGUUUCUUGAAGCCCCCAACUGGUUUGGUACAGGAUCGUGACUCGCCUCGCCGCGCCUCAUCUGUCUCAGCUUCUCCGUCUUCACGCGACCAGGAAGGAGUUCGUCGUAAUUUUGGCCUAGGGGAUAGGGCACGUCAUUCUAUAAUAUCUCUCCACUCAUCGCAACCAGAGUUGGCAGCACAGGUUAAAACCAGUGCUCUGGGCGAGAAGGCCUUGAGCGGCGAGAACUUGGCUGUUGCCACGGACCUCAAUACACUCCAUCAUUCCUUGCCCUCGGACCGGCCAGAUUCUUCUCGUCAGCUAUCCGUUAAAAGUAGAACAUCCUCUUCCAGCCGCCGAGGGAGCGAGCCAAAGUCGCCAACGGCCAACGGGGCCGAGUCCACGAAUGAAAAGGAAGAAAAGAAAUCCUCGAGAGCAAGUCGAAUCUUGCGUCGCAUGUCUGCUUUUUCUUCGCCCACUAAGAAGAGCUCUGCAAAUACCACUGGCCCGAGUGUGAAGGGGGAACCGCUUCAAGACCGAAGCAACCAGCAGCAGCUUCCACAAGGCGUUCAAGAGAUUGGGGAAGUCAAUGUCCAAUUUCCUGAUACUUUGCUGUGGAAGCGACGAUGCCUAAAGAUGGAUGGGCAAGGAUUCAUAAGCUUAGCCAUGGCCAAAGCUGACGAGAAUUCUCGCGCCUUUACAAAGCGUUACCAUCUUUCUGAAUUCUACGAGCCUGCCAUUCCCGACCUAGACAGACAGGAGCUACCACACAGUGUCAUUCUCGACUUUCAAGAUGGGGGCGGCACUCUGCAAUGCGCUUGCGAAAAUCCCACUGGACAGGCACAGCUUCUGCAAGUUCUGAGAGAGGCUUACAAAACUGUCAAUCAUUGAACGUAUCAAUGAACCGUCACCCAAGGGUUACUUUUUGACGAAACUCAUCGCAGACAUGUCCUUGCCUUUUGGGACAUAUGCCGCCAUUCUUAACCGACCAUUGUGGAUACCGAUUAUUCUUCCAUUGGUACAUAACUAAAUCGGCGUUUUCGGUGACUCACUUUAUGGAUAUCAAUACACCGCACAUUGCGGUACGGUUAGCAGCUUCUGCUGCAUAUUCAUAUUUUCUUCUCUUCUCUCUCUCCCUUUUCUUUUUCUAACAAGUGUUCGAAUUGGAUUGAAUACCCAAAGGUGGAAGCAUCAAAUUAUGUAUAGAGGUAGUGUUGAUUAGGGAGUGGAAAGUAUAUGCAUCAAACUCUUGUUUGGGCUCAAUGUAGAUGGAAUUGUUGGGAUUAAGCUGUGCUUGGAUCCUACUAGUCCUUUUCGUUCGUGCCCUGGUGGCGCCAUAGUUUGUAGAUGCCAUUGAUA